AUGAAUUUUAAGACCCCAGAAGUUGAGAGCAAUUAUACCAUCAUCAUGGAAUUCUUCCUUAUGGAGUUUUCCAGCAUCCGAGAGCUGCAGGUCUUGCACGCCAUUCUUUUCUUGCUGAUAUACAUUGCAGCCCUGAUGGGCAAUCUCCUUACUGUCAUUGCCAUUGUCACUGACCCACAACUUCACUCACCAAUGUAUUUUUUUCUGAGCAACCUUUCCCUGUUGGAUCUUGGCUGCAUCUCAGUCACUCUUCCCAAAUUCAUUGUGAAUUCUCUAACAGGCAAUCAAGCCAUUUCUCUCCUAGGCUGUUGUGCUCAAGUUUUCUUCUCUAUCUUCUUUGCUGCCACAGAAAUUGCUUUGCUAAUGACAAUGUCCUAUGACCGCUUUGUGGCCAUUUGCCACCCCUUGCACUAUGGGGUUACUAUGACACUAUUCCGUUGUCUUUGGGCGGCAACUGGUUCAUGGGUCACUGGGCUCAUCUAUUCAGCUCUCCACACAGGAAACAUGUUCCGUCUGCCUUUCUCAGGAUCCAAUGUGAUCCAUCAGUUUUUUUGUGACAUCCCUCAUAUCUUGAAAGUCUCAUCACCUGAAGUUCGUGAUACUGAGUAUGUACUACUUGUCGCCAGUUCAGGUUUAGUUUUAAUCUGCUUUGGCUUUUUAAUUGUAUCCUACACUUAUAUCUUCUCUGCUGUAUUUAAAAUGCCCUCUGUGGAAGGGCGUUACAAGGCUUUAUCUACCUGUUCACCUCAACUGAUUAUCUUCCUUUUAUUCAUUCUUGCUCUCAUGGUCACAGUCUUGUGUCCCUCAUCAGACACUUCACCAGUACAGAAUCUUCUGAUUUCAAUGAUUUACACAAUUUUGCCUCCAUUUAUGAAUCCUAUUAUUUAUAGUCUGAGGAACACAAAAAUCAAGGUUGCACUGGGCAAGAUAAUCAAAACUAUGUUUUUUCCAAAGAAAGAAAUGUCCCCCUUUGAAACAAUUAAAAAGUAA